AUGAAACGCCAUUCACAGCCACGAUCACGACCACUAAAGACAGUGACACCGUUAAAGGUAUCUCAACGCCGCACCGGUGGAGUAGAGGAAGACAAGUUCCUCGAUAGAUGGAGCCCUAAACUGGACAAGGACCACUACAGUCGAGUACGGCUUCAUCGGGAGCGCAAAGACUCGGUUACUCGCUUUCGACGGGGAGUAGGACAGCGCAGUUCAAGCCUCUAUCGGGUCCGCGCUUGCGCAAAUGACGAUGUGGGAUCUUUGAGAUCAUUUGAUUCUGAGUGUACUUCGUCUCUCUCACCGGCGGCUAGUUUCGUGUUUUCAGACCUCGGCUCUACGCUCCGGGAUGAACUCGACCAUUACGAUGACCAGAUUAAGACUCUACAGCCAGGUGAGUGGCCUGCUCCGCCAAAUGCGAGAGCGGGUGCGUUUCGCGUCAGUGGGAAAGAGUUCUCUAUGGAACGCGCCAAAGCUUUGAAGAGCUGGGGUUUCGCACAGGGGAUGAUGUAUGGUAGUAGUUCGGCGUCUUUGCGAGAUACAGAUAAAGUGCAUCCGGCGUCGAGCUAUAAGCCUGGCGUCAUAUUCAGCGCGCCGCAUCACACAGCAGGUUCGGAUGAUCUGUGGGUAUCAGUCAAUGACCCGUAUAACACUGCGACGCCGUUCGGCAAAGUGCAUAGUAAGUAUAGGAAGAUGGUUGUCAUCAGAGCCUUCGGGGAGCAUUGCAUCUGUCUCCCUAUUUACUCGCAUAAUGGCAAGGGGCUCGAGGGGAAAGAUAAUCUUAUAGAGUAUGUCAGCAUCCGCGAUGCUGCUGAUCGGAAUCCGGAAAAGGCGGAGGGUAUGCAUAAUAGGUUGCUUGCCGUUGGCAACGAUGACUUCCGUGGGAAGAUCGUCGCGGGCAAGUCGUGCAUUAAGCUCACCGAGUUAACUUCGCAUCGGUACGAUGUGCCGACUACCAUCGAGGGUAGACUUGAAGAAAAGAAGAGCGACUCAAAGGAGGAACUCUUAGCUCUCGUGGAUAUGAUGAGUACAUAA